AUCUCAAAGCCAUAAACCUGGUCCACUGUACUAUAAAAGUAGCUCAUUUCAACAUGUUCUCCCCGCAGCCUCCUUGACAUUCAACACUCACCCACACUGAACCAGAGGCUAUCACCAUGACGAGGGACCAGAAUGGAACCUGGGAGAUGGAGAGUAAUGACAACUUUGAAGGCUACAUGAAGGCCCUAGAUAUUGAUUUUGCCACCCGCAAGAUCGCAAUCCAUCUGACUCAGACAAAGAUUAUUAAUCAAGAUGGCGAUAACUUCAAGACAAAAACCAACAGCACGUUCCGCAACUAUGAGCUGGAUUUCACUGUUGGAGUGGAGUUUGAGGAGUACACGAAGGGCCUGGAUAACCGGACUGUUAAGACACUGGUCACCUGGGAAGGUGAUGUCCUCGUGUGCGUGCAGAAGGGGGAGAAGCAGAACCGUGGUUGGAGGCAGUGGGUUGAAGGGGACAAGCUGCACCUGGAUCUGACCUGUGGUGACCAGGUGUGCCAUCAAGUGUUCAAGAAGAAGUGAUGGCCACAAGGGGCCCGCGAAGCCUGGGCUCCACACUCACCACCAGGGGUUCUCUGCGGCCUUUGGGAAGCAGCCGGUGGGGGGACCCUCCCACUCCUGACAGAGCCCAUUAAGACAUCUGUAUGGAUUUUAAAUAGAAUGAGUGUGUGACAGUUGACAGACCUAUUCUUCCUUCUCUGAAACCUGGCAUUAAAUGAAAAAACAAGAAUCACUCCCAUACUUUGAAACCCUUUA